CUCUGCUACUUCAUAGAAGUUCCUUGAUUCCAACAUCAUUUUGUUGAUUUUGAUAUCGUUUUUACCGUUUCUUGAAGUUGAUUUUUGCUUUUUUUACAUGGGUUUUGCUUAUUGACUGAUUGUUUGUGCUGGGUAUUUGUUGAAAAUACGAAAGAACAAUAGAUCUGGGGAUUAGGGUUUUGAGGAUAGAUUUUAUGUUUUGUGGAGCAAUCAAAAUCUGGAACGACUGCAAUUCAUCUGGGGUUUCUAAGGUUUUUGAUUUUUGAUAGAGUUGUUAGUCUGGGAAUAUCUGAUUCCAAUAAGUUGGGGUUGUUUUAGGUUUUGAUCAAGAUUCUUGUUGUGGGUGCAAUCUUGGAAUCAGGAAAAGCUGAAUUGAUUUGGGGAUGUUAGGGUUUUGUUCAUCCAUGAAUUUGUAGCAAAAAAAUAAGGAAAUUUCUUGAUCUUAGUUCUAGAACAAGGGCAGUAUAAUCAAUUCAGAUCCCUCCAUUUCAGGGUUUCAGUUCAUUAUCUGGUAUGUAGUUUCUGCCCCAAAUCAUUUCUAAUCCUAAAGGGUAUAGAUGUCCAAUUUUAUUAUUGUGCUUUUGGAGUUCUUGUUCUUUUGAUUCAGAGUUUCUAGAAUUCACUCUUCUUUUUAGGAAAAAGCCAUACUCAUUAUAUGUGCUUUACAGCUGAAUCAUGAAAAGCUCUUUUGGAUCAACAUCAUCUGUAACCUUUACUGUAUCUUCCGCCAUAGAUGGUCCAUUAUUGUGCUUAGGAUCUCCGAGCUCCUACAGUUGACUUUGACUCGUGUAUGAGGUUUGACUUGAUCCAUUUCAUCUGAUUUGCAACUCAAUCGUAGCAAUUCUUUUUUCAACAUACAGUUGUUUCAUUGUGCUUUGAGUUCUUGUUUCUUUGACUAUGAAAAAAGUUUCUGAAUUUGACAUUUUUUUGAUGAAAUGGUCAAACCCCUGAUCUUGUUCAUAUAAAUUUGCCAUUUCCCAUUUUGUAAAUCUUGUUUCUUGUUGGGAAGUGGAUUUAAUCCAUGGCAAACUCAUCUGAACCAUCGUCAUCCAUAAGCUUCACCUCAUCUUCUCUUAUAUCCAAUGGCUCAACCAACUACAACAUCCCUUCAUCUUCAAUCCCUGAGCCACGUGCAAAUCUUGAAAUCCUUAGCUUAAAUAAGCUCAGCACAAACUUGGAGAAGCUCUUGGCUGAUUCUGAUUCCGAAUCCAAUUGCAAUUACAGCGAUGCCGAAGUUGUUGUGGAGGGGAUUUCCGUGGGCAUUCAUAGGUGUAUUUUAGCAACUAGAAGCAAGUUUUUUAGUGAUCUAUUUAAGGAUGGUAAGUCUAAAUACAUCAUGAGUAAUUUGUUGCCAUACGGGAAUGUUGGACACGAUGCUUUUCUUGUAUUUUUAAGCUACGUUUAUACCGGAAAACUUAAGUCUUCUCCUCCGGAGGUUUCAACUUGUGUCGAUGAUGGUUGCCGCCAUGAUGCUUGUCGGCCCGCUAUUAGCUUUGCCGUUGAAUUGACUUAUGCUUCUUCGGUUUUUCAAGUUCCUGAGUUGGUUUCACUCUUUCAGCGCCAUCUUCUCAACUUUGUGGACAAGGCUCUUGUGGAAGACGUUAUCCCGAUCCUUACCGUGGCCUUUCAUUGCCAGUUAGAACAUGUUUUAACUCGGUGUAUCGAUCGAGUUUCACGAUCAAAUCUUGACAACGUUUCCCUCGAGAAAGAGCUUCCGUUUGAAGUUGCACAAAACGUUAAAUCACUUCGUAGCAACUCCCUAGAUGACGAUGAGCACACGGUUGAAUCCGAGGGCGCGUUACGUGAAAAGAGAAUCAAAAGCAUACACAAAGCGUUGGAUUGUGACGAUGUCGAACUCGUUAAAUUGAUUUUAAGCGAGUCGCAAAUUACGUUGGAUGAAGCUUGUGCUUUGCAUUAUGCGGUCUCGUAUUGUGAUAAGGAAGUCGCUAAGAUGGUUCUCGAUCUAAAUCAAGCCAACGUUAACCUUCGAAACUCUCGAGGGUACACAGUACUUCAUGUUGCUGCAAUGCGGAAGGAACCGUCUAUUAUCGUAUCGCUUUUGAGCAAAGGAGCGGCGGCAUCGGAUAUAACUGUCGAUGGGCAGAGUGCGGUUAGUAUUUGCAGGAGGUUAACGAGGCCGAAGGAUUAUCAUGCGAAAAUGGAGCACGGCCAAGAAACGAACAAAGAUCGUAUUUGCAUCGAUGUUUUGGAGCGGGAAAUUAAGAGGAAUCCGAUGAUUGGAAACGUUUCCGCGUGUUCUUCGGCCGUGGCUGAUGAUUUGCAUAUGAAGUUACUCUACUUGGAAAACCGAGUGGCGUUUGCACGACUAUUGUUCCCUUCGGAAGCGAAACUAGCGAUGGAAAUCGCACAUGCCCAAACGACUUCGGAGUUUCCAGGUCUCUUGGCAUCGAAAGGGUCGAAUGGUAAUUUGAGGGAGAUGGAUUUGAACGAAACACCGUUGGUACAGAACAAACGGUUGCUUUUGAGAAUGGAAGCGCUUUCGAAGACAGUGGAGACGGGUAGGCGUUAUUUCCCUCAUUGUUCGGAAGUUCUUGAUAAGUUCAUGGAUGACGACCUACCAGAUCUGUUUUUCCUCGAGAAGGGCACCGCAGAUGAGCAAGAGAUAAAGAGGACUCGAUUUGUCGAGCUUAAAGAAGAGGUCCAACGAGCCUUCACCAAGGACAAGGCCGAGCUUCAUCGUGGUCUAUCUUCCUCCAUGUAUUACCCGACAACGAGGGGGAAGAACAAAUCCCGGAGAUACUCGUAAAACACGUGUGUUUUACGUGUUCCUUAUCAAAAUACUAUUUUUAGAGGUGAAUCAUCGAUAUGAAGAAGUUAUGGUGCAGUGCAACCUUUUGAUACUGUUUCGGGUUCAGGGUUUAAGGUUAAAGUUACGAAUUCAUCUUUUUGACCUUAAAACCAUUGAGCUGUGGGAACGACACUGGAAGUUGUGGCUUCUAGUUUUAGACGUAUGUCGAUUUUUGGUCGAACUUUGAAGGUCUGAUAUGGUAUCAAAGCGAACUAUUUUGGUAGUCGUAACUUGUAUGUGCAUGAUCCGAAUUUGAAUGAUAUAUGUAUGUGUAAGUUUUCAAGUGCUCAAGUUCUUAUUGA